AUGCUUCUAACGCUGCGCAAGGUCAGGCCGCCCGCGUUGGCGCUGCCCCUAUCCCGCUCGGGACCGCCAUUGAAUCGCAGCGGUAGCGAGGCUCGGCAUUCCCGCACCAAGACGGCCACGGCCGGCGCGCAGACAUGGACUAGCGAGCUCGAGGGCGCACGGCGUCGGACCUUGGCCCUACUGCUGGCGUCGUCGCAUUCGCCGCGCAGGCUGCUACUGGGCUCGUGCCCGCCAACCACCGCGCCGAAAGCACAAGCAGAAGCCGCAGCCGCAGCCGCAGCAAAUCAUGACGGCGAGGGCGCUCGAGGGGCCCAGGCCAACAAUGGCAGCGACGAAGGCGGCGUCGUGCGGCCGCACCUGGGUCGGCCACGGCAGACGCUCGCGCAUCGGUUGAUGGCCAACCUGGCCUCGCUGACCUACCACCACCUCUCGCCGCACACGCGCAUGCAACCGCUUUCACGGCGGCGAGCGAGAGCCGAGCAGAAGCCGCGUCCGCUCAGCUCCUUGGCGCGCAUGCUCAACAAGAAUGACGGCGAGAGCAGCGCCAUCGACGACGCCGCCACGGCCGCCAACGCCGCCACCGGCAGCCCGGGUGCAGUGGGAGCCGCGCCCAACUCGAGCAGCGCAGCCACCGACUGGUUGGCGGCCGAGGCUGAUGUGGCGGGCAUCAUCAACGCCACCGCCGACCGACUUGAGAUCUUGCGCAUCCCGCCUAAACCCGUCCUGGGUCCGCUCGGCGGCAGGCUGCGCACCUGGGACGCGCAGAACCCGGACAAGUUUCGCUACGCCCCGCAAGAGGCUGCCUCCUCUGUCGGCGUCGGCGGCGGCGGCGGUUCGUCAACCACGUCGUCUUCGAUCGCCGAGAGGGACAUCGAGGUGCUCCAACGCGGCCUGAGCGACCUCAAGGCGCGCAAGGAGGCGCUGCUGCAAUCAUCGAGCUCCAGAGCGGCCGUUGUGGACCGCAAGACGGCGUCGGAGCUCAAGCAGAUCGACAAGCAGGCUGCCAAGAUGGAGCGCGAGGUCAAGGAGCUCGAGCACAAGAUGCGCGUCCGCUCCAAAAACGCCACGCGCCAGGACCGCGCGCAACGGAUCCAGUCGAUCGCCAUCGAUCUACUCGCCGACGUCGUCAAUCGAGCCCAGACCAACGAGAAGAUCUGGAUCGGCAAGAGCCGCUGGGAAAUUCGCAGGCGCGGUGGAUGGUUACCGCCGUGA